AUGGGAGCCCCGAGCAGCCCAGGUGCCCAAGGGAACCCCGAGCAGCCCCGGUGCCCACGGAACCCCCGAGCAGCCCCGGUGCCCACGGAACCCCCAAGCAGCCCCGGUGCCCACGGGAGCCCCGAGCAGCCCCGGUGCCCACGGGAGCCCCGAGCAGCCCCGGUGCCCAAGGGAGCCCCGAGCAGCCCCGGUGCCCAUGGGAGCCCCGAGCAGCCCCGGUGCCCGCGGGAGCCCCGAGCAGCCCCGGUGCCCGCGGGAGCCCCGAGCAGCCCCGGUCCCCAUGGGAGCCCCGAGCAGCCCCGGUGCCCAAGGGAGCCCCGAGCAGCCCCGGUGCCCGCGGGAGCCCCGAGCAGCCCCGGUGCCCGCGGGAGCCCCGAGCAGCCCCGGUGCCCGCGGGAGCCCCGAGCAGCCCCGGUGCCCACGGGAGCCCCGAGCAGCCCCGGUGCCCACGGAACCCCGAGCAGCCCCAGUGCCCGCGGGAGCCCCGAGCAGCCCCGGUGCCCACGGAACCCCGAGCAGCCCCGGUGCCCAAGGGAGCCCCGAGCAGCCCUGGUGCCCGCGGAGCCCCGAGCAGCCCCGGUGCCCACGGAACCCGAGCAGCCCCGGUGCCCACGGGAGCCCCGAGCAGCCCCGGUCCCCAUGGGAGCCCCGAGCAGCCCCGGUGCCCACGGGAGCCCCGAGCAGCCCCGGUGCCCACGGGAGCCCCGAGCAGCCCCGGUCCCCAAGGGAGCCCCGAGCAGCCCCGGUGCCCAAGGGAGCCCCGAGCAGCCCCGGUGCCCAUGGGAGCCCCGAGCAGCCCCGGUCCCCAUGGGAGCCCCGAGCAGCCCCGGUGCCCGCGGGAGCCCCGAGCAGCCCCGGUGCCCACGGGAGCCCCGAGCAGCCCCGGUGCCCACGGGAGCCCCGAGCAGCCCCGGUGCCCGCGGGAGCCCCGAGCAGCCCCGGUGCCCACGGGAGCCCCGAGCAGCCCCGGUGCCCAAGGGAGCCCCGAGCAGCCCCGGUGCCCACGGGAGCCCCGAGCAGCCCCGGUGCCCACGGGAGCCCCUGAGCAGCCCCGGUGCCCAAGGGAGCCCCGAGCAGCUCCGGUGCCCACAGAACCCCGAGCAGCCCUGGUGCCCACGGAACCCCCGAGCAGCCCCGGUCCCCAAGGGAGCCCCGAGCAGCCCCGGUGCCCGCGGGAGCCCCGAGCAGCCCCGGUGCCCACGGAACCCCCGAGCAGCCCCGGUGCCCGCGGGAGCCCCGAGCAGCCCCGGUGCCCACGGGAGCCCCGAGCAGCCCCGGUGCCCGCGGGAGCCCCGAGCAGCCCCGGUGCCCGCGGGAGCCCCGAGCAGCCCUGGUGCCCGCGGGAGCCCCGAGCAGCCCCGGUCCCCACGGGAGCCCCUGAGCAGCCCCGGUGCCCACGGAACCCCCGAGCAGCCCCGGUCCCCAAGGGAGCCCCGAGCAGCCCCGGUGCCCACGGGAGCCCCGAGCAGCCCCGGUGCCCACGGGAGCCCCGAGCAGCCCCGGUGCCCAUGGGAGCCCCGAGCAGCCCCGGUCCCCAAGGGAACCCCGAGCAGCCCCGGUGCCCAUGGGAGCCCCGAGCAGCCCCGGUCCCCGCGGGAGCCCCGAGCAGCCCCGGUGCCCACGGAACCCCCGAGCAGCCCCGGUGCCCGCGGAGCCCCGAGCCGCAGCUCCCUCGGAGCUCAGGACACAAGUCUGGACACCAAGAUCAAUGCCCAGUUUUGGUUUUGGAUGUGCAACACUCACCUGUGUGGGGAGAACGUGGUGAACGUGCUCAUUGUGAGCUAA